GCUGUUUCCGGUUCCGGUGCGAGCCCAGACAUGCUGCCCGCUCUGUGCCGCUCGGUGUGCGGGGCCGCCCGCCUCGGGCUGGGCCUCCGGUCAGCGCCGCUCCUCCUGCUGCCCAGGCCGCUGGCGUCCGGCCUCAGCCCCGGCCUGCGCUGCCUGUGGAGCCUGUGCGGCCCGGGCCAGGCUCACACUCACAGGCCGCGGCUGCUCAGCAGCGCCAGGCCUCUCAACAGCGUGUCCUGCGGCUGCGGGGGGCUGCACACUGAAGGCGACAAAGCCUUUGCGGAAUACCUAACGGAUGAAAUCAAGGAGGAAAAGAAAAUCCAGAAAACCGCCGUGCUGCCGAAGCUGUCGGGCGGCUGGGACAUGGAGCUAAACGGGACGGAGGCCAAACUGGUGCGCAAAAUGGAAGGAGAGAAGAUCACUGUCUCCUUCAAUACCAAUAACAGCAUCCCCCCCACGCUGGAGGAGGAGCAGCAGCAGCAAGAAGGACAGAAGAGCGAUGAGAAUGAGCCUGAAAUCGUCUCCACGCCUAACUUUGUUGUAGAAGUGACUAAGCUGUCCGGCAGCCAGAACCUGGUGUUUGACUGUCAUUACCCCGAGAGUGAGGUGGCACAUGGCGAGGAGGAUGAUAGUGACAUCUUCACCAUCCGCGAGGUCAGCUUCCAGCCCAUGGGAGACACUGACUGGAAGGAGACCAGCUACACACUGAACACAGACUCGCUGGACUGGGCUCUGUACGACCACCUCAUGGAUUUCCUGGCUGAUCGGGGGAUUGACAACACCUUUGCUGACGAGCUGAUGGAGUUGAGCACUGCUUUGGAACACCAGGAGUAUAUCAGGUUCCUGGAAGAGCUGAAGGGGUUUAUUAAGUGCUGAUAGCUUAACACACCUGAUCCUUUACAUCAGUGUUUUGAUGAUAAUUUAGAUGGAACCAUGAUGGCAACAUCCGUCUCUGGACUUUCGCUGUAGUUUUUGUACAAAUGUAUUCUCCAAUUACUUUUCUGAACGGUUCUGUGUAACUUAACGUUCCCCCUCACCCUUCAGUACGAGCUGCUUGUGUGAUGGAAGUCUUGAGGAUUAUAAGGCAAUCAUGGAAGUGUUCAACCCAAUGAGUGUGGACAUAUGUCUCUCCGUCUACCUGUCUGAUUCGCACUGUGUUCUGUAACACAGCAAAUACAGAUUGUACAAAAAAAGCCAGAAUAAAUGAGCGAGAAUCACAAACACAA